GAUUAGACGGUUGAGGAGAGAGCGUAAAGGACCGCGCUGACGAUGAAUCGCUUACUUGAACAGAAAUUGAAUGAUUUGAACCGGGUUUUAAAAAAAUACUUUGAAAGAAAUGUUCAGUUAAGUCAAAAAAGGAAAAACGACGCCUUGCGUUACUGGGAACCGAUUGUGAACAGGAUCAUAGAUUAUGUGAAGAAGAACGAUGAUCGAUUUGCGUCGUUGAGUAGAUUUGGUUCUGGAAGCUAUUACGAAAGAGCAAAAGUUAGGGAGCCCGAUGAAUUUGAUUUGAUGCUCAUCUUUGAAGACCUGACAGUUAUUCAAACAGGACCAGGCAUGACAGUACAACCGCCAUUAGGUAGGUGGUGGACCGCCAUUCACAACAAAAAUUAUAUUGAUGUUGCUGUUGGAUCAAAAGAACUCGCUCUGCGAGCAGGCUCGCCUGUUUGAGGUAUCAGUGGAGUUGCGCGAGCCGGCGAAGCCGGCGAGAAGAAUAGAGAGAUUUAGAAUCUUGUCAAACGGGAGAGGUAAUUUGUUCCAGCCAUAAGAAUUAUUUUGCAACAUUUUUAUCUGCUCAUUUUUUAAUCGGAGAAAUUGUGAACUUGAAUCUGACGUUUGCUGUUUACCGUAUGAAAGCGUGAUUCUACAUGUAAAUUUCUCUAUUGUCUCGCCGAUUUCACCGGCUUGCGCUGGCGACCACGCUGCUGUUUUAUUCCCUCGAUUGCCUGCUCGCAAGCUGUUGCUCAUAUACUAAUACAAAUAAUUAAUACAUAUUAUUAUUCAUUCAAAAUAUUUCCCCGGUUCUGAUUGUCUAAAAGCACACUUUUAAUUCACCAUAACCAGUUACUGAUGACCAAAUUUGGAAGAAUUUUGUGUUUAAGGAGGAAAUGAUGUCAAAAAUGCAGCCUUCUACAGGUUAAUGAACCGUUAACCGAGAAGACCUGGGGACGAUAUUGAGUUGUUUUUGGUUGUGAAAACAAAAAUGGCCGACACUUCACUCACAACUCAGAGGGCGACCUCUGCUAUUUGGAGAAUAUUUGUGGAGCUGGACAAACCUAAACGUACACUAUCGAAGAUGAACUGAACAUCCAUAGAUCGAUGGAGAUAAGCAUGUUUUAGCUACGUUUUUAAACUAGGAAUUAUUUUGAAUGAAUAAUAAUUAACAGUUAAUGAAUGAGGCUGAGUGUCUUAUGAAGAAUUAUGCAGUUCGAGGAGGAUGUUAUCUGCCUCGGCCUACGGCCUCGACGGAUAACACCCUCCUCGAUCUCCAUAAUUCUUCAUAAGACACUCAGCCUCAUUCAUUAACUGUUAAAUAAUACAUGUCGGACCAAACGUGUACUGAAGAGUGUCAUGGCGUAUAUUAAUGUAAAAACGUAUGUAAAAAGUAGAAUGAAAAAAUUGGCUACUAAAAACUUAAGCUUAUACUGGCUGUAAUUUUUUAAUUGUUUCCAUUUGGUUUUCGCCAGCACAGAUACCAGGCUCCUUUAACAGUCCUCCUACAUUAGUUGCAAAAUAUUUACGCUGUGGCCAUAUGGCCGGUAACCGGUCAAGGUUUUUAAAACACUAUAAAAUGACUGGCAGUCCGGUAUUUUCAAUAAAUUUGACUUAUCUAAGAAUCCCAACCAACCUAAACUAUCAUAUGUUGAUUAACAAAAGUCCAGCGAUCCGCAAAUGCUUUAUAGAUCUCAAGUCUAGCGUUUGAUUUAUGCUGGGCUCAGAAAACGAAACCAUGUUUUGGGACACUUCAUACCUUUUUCAGGUCCAAUGACCAGCAGUGCUAUAUUCUCAAUAUUAAUAAAUUUGAUAAAUCGAAAAAAUCUAUCUAAUCUAAACUAUCGUAUGUCGAUUAAGAAAAGUCAAGCAAUCCUAAAAUGCUUUAUAGAUCUCAAGUUUAGCACUUGGUUUACGCUGGCUCAGAAAACGAAACCAUGUAUUGUGACACUUGGAACUUUUUCCAGCUUCCUCUUUCCGCUUUCCUCUUUCCUCUUUCCCCUUUCCAAACUUACAUGUUUCUAGGAAAGAUCGAAGUGACUCUGCUAGCAGUGUAGACUGCCAGUCAUUUAGUGUUUUAACAAUCUUGACCGGCAGUUGACCAGAAAAAAAGUCCUAAGUGGUUUUGUUUUCUGAGCCCAGCAUAAACCAAAUGCUAGACUUGAGAUCUAUAAAGCAUUUUAUAGUUUGGAUUGGUUGGGAUUCUUAGAUAAGUCAAAUUUGUUGAAAAUACUGGACUGCCGGUAAUUUAGUCUUUUGAAAACCUUGACCAGUUACCGGCCAUAUAGCCAAAGCGAAAUACUUCACAAAUAUUGAACUCAGUUUUCGCAUGAUAUGAUACAUGAUCUGAUGAUUCUUCAUAAUAAUCCAAAUUCAUUUUUUUGCAGUCGUUCAUUUAAAAUAUUUCUAAGUUCUUAACAUCCUUACCUCCAUGUAGAGUUUCUUCAAAAUACAUUUUGCCUGUUUCUCAGCAGAUGUAUUUUUUUUUCAGAUAUCUAAUCUAAACUAUCAUAUGUCGAUUAAGAAAAGUCAAGCAAUCCUGAAACGCUUUAUAGAUCUCAAUUUUAGCAUUUGGUUUACGUGGGGCUCAGAAAACGAAACCAUGUAUUGUGACACUUGGAACUUUUUCCAGCUUCCUCUUUCCGCUUUCCUCUUUCCUCUUUCCUCUUUCCCAACUUACAUGUAUCUAGGAAAGAUCAAAGCGACUCUGCUAGCAGAGUAGACUGCCAGUCAUUUGGUGUUUUAACAAUCUUGACCGGCAGUUGACCAGAAAAAAAAGUCCUAAGUGUCACAAAACAUGGUUUUGUUUUCUGAGCCCAGCAUAACCCAAAUGCUAGACUUGAGAUCUAUUAAAACAGUUUGGAUUGGUUGGGUUUCUUAGAUAAGUCAAAUUUAUUGAAAAUACUGGACUGCCGGUAAUUUAGUCUUUUGAAAACCUUGACCAGUUACCGGCCAUAUAGCCACAGUGAAAUAUUUCACAAAUAUUGAACUCAGUUUUCGCAUGAUAUGGUACACGAUCUGAUGAUUCUUCGUAAUAAUCCAAAUUCGUUGUUUUGCAGUUGUACAUUUAAAAUGUUUCUAAGUUCUUAACAUCCUUACCUCCACGUAGACUUUCUUCGAAAUACAUUUUGCCUAUUUUUUUUGCAGAUAUUCUUCAGAAAGUAUUGACAUUCAUAGAGUAAUAUUUUUGCAUUAUUCUUGCAAUCAGUUUUAGUCAGCGCUGCUGCUAUUUUAUCUUCAAAUAUCUGUGAACUCAUUUGCCAUUUUCUGGAGUUCUGCUCUCAUGCCUAAAGUGCUGAGCUGCCAUACAUGUAUUUAUUACAUGUACAUGCACUGUGACUGGUCAGGUUUGCGGUAUGUUAUGGUUUCUCGUUUUUCCCUUUGAUUGUUGACCCAUGUGCUUCCAUCUUGGGCCAUAAAAUUAUAUCAAGACAAAAAACCGUGGUCCGUAACUUACCUUAUACAUUAUACAAAUUUUGUAUAGUAUGGACAUAGAAAAUGAGGUUAGUUAGAAGUAUGUAUCAAACUUAAAAAUCUCUGGCCUUAAAAGUGAUAGCUCAAAAACACAAAAAAAGAAAUAGACAAUUCACAUCAAUGAAAUUUCCGAAUUUACCUGAAAUGUUGUUUGUUUCAUGACCAAGGCUGCAAGUAUUUUGAUAUAUUUAUAAGCAGGUCAUAUAUCAGGUCAGAGACUAGACCUGACCUGACAAGGAAACAGUCUGGUCAGACAAAACCAAAAAAAAAUCAAGGAAAGAAAAACCAAGUGAAAGAGUAAAUUAAGAAUUCUACAAAGCAACUUAUUUCAUUUCUUUAACUGCACAAUAUCAGUCCCAAUCAGGAGCUAUAACAGUUUCAUUACUGAUCUUUUAAUAGACUCACCUGAGAAGAUUCUUCUGAUGAAAGUUCCAAAGUCGAAUAUUGUGGGUUGCACUGUAACUGUAAAAAAAUCCAAUCCAAACUCAAAUGAACUCAAAUGCAAACAACCAAGUGGAUGAUCAGGCAAAGCGCCUACAUCAACUCACGUGCUGCCACAGAAACAAUUAAUGUUUCAUCUCACACUCUCUGUUUUCCCACACAAAUGCAACAAACAGCUGAAAUCAGAUAUGCCAGGAAAGUAUCUGUCACAAAUAUUCAAAACGAUGUAAAAACUCACUCACUUGCUUUAGUUUGUAUAAUAUGUCCUUGGCAAACUAUAAAAUGGUCCUAAUUUUGGCUUGUUGACUUGACUUUUUGGGUUGUCUGUUUUUUAAUAGGGACUUUAAGAUCUGGGACGCGACGACUUCUAGAACGUGGUGGCUGAUAAAGGACUGGAACUAGAACGCAGUCGUUUGCGCGCGAAAAGUAAAGUUAAGAUCUCUGUUGCGAUGCAAGACAAUGCGGCUGCAAACCGCUCUUUAUAAGUGUGAUUCUUCAGCAAUUCUUUCGCAGAAAUAGCCAUGGCAUCAUUUAAGAAAGUCCAAGAAAUGCUUUGUUUGUGCUUUGUUCGAUAGCAUCACUUCCACUUCUUCGUUGACGCUUCGGUUUGUCAUCGCUUUCAUCCGCUGAUGAACCUCUUUUCUUCGUCUCUGACAGCUUCUCCAUCGCUUUUAGUCUAACAUCUUCCGCUUUAGCCCGAUCGUAUUGACAUUUUUUGCUAGCUGUUUCCUGUAAUUCCGCGCCACUUUCCUCCAACGCGAUUAUCAUAUCCAAUAGUUUUUCCGUAGUUCUGUUGGCUCAUCGGGAGUUAUCCCAGUUGCUUUUUCCUUCGCUAGAAGUUUCUCCUUAUGCUUGUAAACAAGGAUUCCCACGUGGUCUCGGACUGAUUGCUUAUCAACGCUGAAUUUCGGCACAGUGCAUUUGUUCAAGGUGUCUGCUAUUUUUUCCCGCAUACUGCUUCCUUGUGUUGACCCUUUCUUAGUUGUGUAGGGAUUUACAUUGACGACUUCUCUGCAUAGAAUGGCUUCAUGAUCAUGUGUCCCAAAACAUUACUGAACUAAAGGAAAGCAUAAAAACACACGCAGUUUAAUAAAAUUAAAUUAAAUAAUACAGGCUUAAAAUUGGCUUUUAGCGGCAGAUGAACGCAAUAAAACGAGAAUUGCAACGGUACAAGAGACAAGAAGAGUAUGCAGAAGACUCCUGCAUUCACUAUUUGCAGUUUUAGCUCGUGACUUACUUGAAAGCCUUGCUCGAAGUCGAAGUCAAAGGCGCUGCCAUUUUAUAAGCUUCGUACACCUGAAAGAAAUUUAAAAAUAAUCAAAAUCCUUCCAUCUCUGCAAUCUAAAAUGUCGCCAGAAAUUACGUCCAAUGAUCCUAGAAGGCUGAUUUUACAUGUUUAGAGGAAUAUAUCAUCAGUUAAUUUAAGCACAGGAACAAAUAUACUCACGUUUUGUACAGAACGUCAAACUUGCAAAACCCACGUUCUCAACACGACGUGGUGACACCAGGACAACGGCUUGAGCAUGCGCAACAUGUCUCCCCUUUGAAAAUUUACUUCCUGUCGCAUCUUACAGCCGUCACGUCUCGGAUCUUAAAGUCCCUAAUAAUGAAACUGUAAACUUGGAACAGAAGUGACCGGUGAUGAUAUUUUGAUCAAAGUGUGACUAGUUGCCACCUUGUUUUUCACAAAAUUAUUGUCUGUUUUGUAAUUGAAACAUUAUUAUUAACGCCUCCAGAACAUACUGAACUGCUUUGUACAUUAAAAUAUCAUUUGGCAACUUUUAUAACUUUUCCAUGUAGAAUAUCUGCACGAUUAGGCUUCUUAUAAUGCACAUAUGUAAGUGGGACUGAUUCACGGAUCCUACUUCUGUUUUUAUUGCUCUUAAUCAGUCUUAGUUGGUCAAAGGAAUAAAAUGAAGUAACAUAAAAAAAAGUCUAUUGAACCUGAGUCAGGUUUUGUUUGGUGUAGUGCAUAAAUUUGGAGUCCUUUAGAAAUGUGACUGUGCAGAAACCAAAGUGAAAGAAUCUGCAGUUUACAUUCGUAGCCGUGACAUUUGAAAAUAAGCGAUAAGCAUUUAGAAUUCUGUACCAAUACCAUCAACUGAAACUUUAACAUUUGCCUAAGUACACCAGCAGGGUCAGAACAACUUAUUGCAUUAAGAUGAUUGAAUUUUUACAGUAUCUGAACAACUGGUUUCUCCAAGUGGAUGGAGCUAGAGAUAGAGACCAAGCCUUAAAUGCAUUCAUUUACAUGUAUUGCAAAACUGGCAGGGUGUAUAUGUUAUUAUUUUUAGAAGCCCUGAGGUGGUAUUAAUUUUGCCGGGCAGCUUGUAAGACCCUAGAGGAGUUACCAAAGCUUUAAUAUCAGGGCUGUGCUGUAGCAGAGCCCACUGUGGCCCAUGGCGCCCAACUUUUGCUCUUGGGCGACUAGAAAAUCUUAGUUUUUUUGCAAGUUGACUGUCACACAUGAAUAUUAUUUGCUCUGCGUGUUCACAAACAAAUUUUGUAGGCCCAAUCGGGUGCAGAUAAAAAGUUUGUGGUUUCUAAAGAGCUUGUGCAAUGAAAUGUGAAAAAAUGUGUUAAGGUGAUCCAAACCUAUUAAUAAGCAUGUUGGUUACGUUUUUUAAUUGCAUUUUUCAGCCAGAAAGAUUUAACAGAUUUCGAUGAAUUUUGGCAUCCUUAAAAAGGAAUGUUGGAACUUUAAGAAUUUUUUUCUUAUUUUCUUGUAAGUAUAAAAACGUUUGAGAUAAUUAUUGUUAGCAUAUACUUUUUUACUGAAUGAAACUGCCUUUUCACCUUUUCACCUUUUCAUAUCCUACUACAGGUUUUUGUGUAACUUCAGCAAAUAAGCCUGAGAGCUCUCUAGUUUUAUAUCUGAAGCUUUGAAAUCAAUCUUGACCAUGCAACUCACUGCACAAAAUGCUGGUAAAAGCUGACUCACAAAUACAGUGUUCACGCUGAAUUUUAGCUCAGCAGGUAAGGGACCAUUCCUGGCGGUAAGGCAAAAAAUAUACGCCAGAGGCGCAAUUUCCUGGGGGAGGGGGGAAGUGGGGUGAACGACAUGGCCCUACCUUUCUUAGACUAAUCCGCUGUUGUAAGCUAUCGGCCUUCCAAUCUGAGGUUAAAAACUUACAACUAAUUUUACAAUUUACUUUUUAAAGAGCCACAAUUUAUUAUUCUGGACCCAGUUGUUUGAAGGCUGGUUAGCGCUGAAUUUAACCCGUGUUUCUUUUUCGUUUGUUCAAAAGCAUUUUCUCGAGUAUUUUUCUCUGUUAUUUUUAGAGCAUCCAAUCAUCAACUUGUUGACAAAAAGAAUUGAACUGAAUUUAUUUUUUAAGCUUUCAUAUCUGAAUUCAAAUUUCGCUUAACCUUGGGUUAUCUUAACCCAGCUUUGAACAACCUGGUCCUGGGCUUAAAUAUCUCCUAUGAAAUGAAGUCAGCAUUAUACCUUUUCCCUACAAAUUUAUGGUUUAGAUCUUUAGACGACUAAUUAAAACGUGUAAUUUUAAUAAUUUUAUCUUAUUUUAAAUGUCCUCUUGCCAUGAUGCGUGACCCAUAUAAGAAAGAAGAUCACAACUUGUAAACCAACUUGUAUAAUUUUAGUAAACCUUUAAGCGGUUGCAGGUGGUAAGAAGUGUACUUGCUUCAAGUGGUAAAUUUUACUGGUUACCGCCUGAUAAGGAGAACACUGCAAAUAGUGGAAGAGUGCCCACAGACUGUCUCCUGUCCGAAAGGGUAAACUAAGCAAUCACUAACCUACAGAGACUACAGUUUACCCUACAAGAAGAAUAGCUUUAUGCUGACUGCGGGGUGAGAUUAAAGAACUUCGGUUUAUCCAAGUUAAUGCUUACAUGUAUUUUAUUUGUCUUUUUCUUUUUAAAAAAAUCUCAACAAAGCAAAAUACAGAAUGAUCUAAAGAAAUCUCCCACCAGUUUUUAGCACCGACAGUUCCAGUUUUGAGGAGAAGUAAAGUCACCAACUUCAGUACUUUAAACCAUCCAUUUUUCAGCUCUAAUGAAAACCCUUGUACUUGGUAAUUUAUUCAAGCUUAGAAGAUUUGCCAUUGGGGAUAAUCAGGGGCACCCAACGAGAAUAUAGUUCAAAACCACUUAAACACAGCAUUGUUUAACGUAUUUUAGUAUUUAAAUGGUAGAUAUAGCUAUAUUUUUAUCCCCUAAAAUUUUUCAUCUGUUCGGAUUUCCUACCUGAAAGUCUAGUGAUCCGGAAAUUAUAGGGAUCAAAACUUACCUUUUCGAAAAUUUCAUCCAGAAAAAAGGCUCCCGAAAAUUCUAGGUGACCUUUUAAGGGUAAAAAAUCCGUUAAAAAUGGGCAAUUAUCUGAUUAUACCAUUUUUUAGAUGUUCGAAAAUCCUAGGAGAGGCAGGCAAGCAAGAAAUUUUGCAACAAAUGUUCCAAAAAUUUUAGAUCUCAAAUCGUCUUCCGAACAGAUAUUUUCUGGAAAUUGUCAUUGGGUGCCCCUGGACAAUGAGAAGAAUAAGACAAUUUGUCAUAAAUUUUUGUCUUCUUUUUUAUCCCCAAGUGGCAAACUUCCUGUGCAAAUGUACAUGUAAUGUCAAAUCUAAAAAACUUAAACAAAGCACCAGAAACAAGGGUGUUAAUUGCAGCUGGAAGAGGGAUGGUUAGAAGGACUGGAGUUAGUGGCUUUAUUUCUCAAAACAGGAAUCUGCGUUUUCUGUGGACUGGGUUUGUUUCGAAAAGAGAGGGACAAAUACAAACUCAGUUUGAUGAAUAGGAAUUUUUUCAUCUCACUACGCUUUCAGCAUAAAGGUAUUCUUCCUGUAGUGCUAAUAAAUAUUGUAUUUGUCGUAGGUUUCUGAUUACAUAGUUUCUAGCAAGAAAGCUUUGGGUAAGAAUAUACCCUUUCAGAUCAGAGAUAGUCCUUCCUUCUGCACUCUUCCCCUAUUUGUGUGUCAACUUUCACAAAUGUGUAAGCGUAGAAUUUUAAGGUUUAAUUUUACCAGCAUUUUGUGCAGCGAGUUGCAUGGUCAAGGUUGAUUACAAAGCUUCAAAUAUAAAACUAGAGAGCUCUCAGGCUUAUUUGGUGAAGUUACAGAAAAACCUGUAGUAGGAUAUUGAAGUUAUUUACCAUUUUUUGUGAAAAGGUGGUUUAUCUCAAAUGUUUUUAUACUUUCCCCCCUCCCCAGGCUGCCAUUUAGCUUUCUUCACUCUCUGAUAUUUUUGACCCCAUUUUUUGCCUUUUCCCCCCACUGUGGAGCCUGGUCCAAGGCUUUAUUUCCUUGUUUAAAAACAGUUUUUGCUAUGACAGAAAAAUAUUUUUCUGAUAUGUGUACCUGGUAAAUUAACAACAAUAGAUAAGCGUGGGGAAUGGUGCCGGAAGAAGGUGGAGCCACGAGACAAGCAGAGCUGAACGCGUAGGGUAUCCAGGACAACCGUGUGAGCAGCAACUACCCAACCCUUCCCUCCAAGGUGCUUGGAGGGCAAAGGGCCCGCAAACAGGGUGGGAGGGGGACCCAAGACCCCCAGACCUUCCAAGCACAUGCUAAUUCUAAUCAAAAUAUCCCGCAAUUGAAAGGUUAUAACUUUGAGUACGUCCCUACACCACUGGCAUCUGGAGGCGUUGGUGUGUAUAUUAGUGUCACUUAAAUGAAUGUUGCUAGAAAAUAUUUCGAGUGAAGCAUUCCAGGCAUUGUGGAUUCAAAUUAUUCUUGGCUGCAAGAAGAAUAUUAUUUGUGGGCUUUUUUAUAGACUAGACUGAAUUCUCCGGAAUCUUUUCAAAUAUACUUUGAUGAAGGUGUCGAAAAAUCUUUUCUUCAUGACAGGCUCGUCUACAUAAUGGGGGAUUUCAACAUUGACCUGCUCAAGUUGCAGUCAUCUUCCAUUAGCCAAAGAUUCUUAAUGUCCACUCAAAGCUUUCAUCUUAUUCCAACUAUUGACAAACCCACUCGUGUACAUAAUACAUUGGCCACUCUUAUUAAUAAUAUCUUUACAAAUGACCUUGAAAAAUAAAUUCUUUGUACACGGUAACGUAGUCUCCGAUCUAACAAACCAUUUUUCUCAGUUUUGUAUUUCACUUCACCCGACCAGUCGCAUUUUAUCUGUUUCACCUAAAGUACAGGACUAUCCUAAUUUUUCACCUAAAAAUUUUAAUAAUGACCUCACUCAAAUCAGUUGGGACAUAAUUACUGUAGAUACUCAUCAACACAUAGAUAAAAUGUUCUCGACAUUUUUACAGUAACUUUUACUGACUGGUCAAUAAACAUGCAAUCUAGCUACACUGUGAAGUGAAUGUGAAUUAAAGUGAGCAGCUGCAGACAAUAAAAAAUGGAGAAGCUGCAUAACACAUGGGACUUUAGACAUCCUGGACAUAAGAAAAAGCAUCACAUGCAAGGACAGUACAUUGGAAAUGCAAAAGAAAGUGGCCAACAUAUUUUUACUAAGUAGAAGUAGCCUUUAAGAAAAGCAAAACUUAAUAAAUUAUACAACUUGUUAGGGUAAAGAACAACUUGCCCUAGAAUACAUUGAACCUCCUUUUUAUUAUACAAUCAGGUUGUUGUUGUCAUUGUGUGUGUUUUUUUUCUUUUUUUGUCAAUAUCCUUUGAGAAGGUGACAAUAAAUGUUCAAGACAAUAAUAUUUCUUUCUGUUCCUAGGAUUCAUGCGGCUUACGGUUUCUGAGAAUAUAAUGAAGUCAUGGCGGAGAGACAGUUGUGCUGAUGCAUAUGGACGGUUAUAUGCAUCAAGGGUCAAAGCUGUUUUUGCAAGGCUUGUCAGAGAUGCAAUUAGCUUUAUGGGUCAGGACAGGUAAGCCAGAAUGUAUCAGUGUGGACAUUAAUACCCUUGUGAAUUUAUCGUUUAUUGUUUUGUUUUGUUUUUUUUUCUGUGGACUGUAAUUUACAAUGUGUGUAACUUCAGUUAUACAGUGGAAUGUUGAUAUACUGAACCUCUAUAGAAUUAAAACCUUGGUAUAACGAAUGAUAUUCUUUGCCCCAGUUAUAGCAAAAUAUAUUGAAAAGAACCUUGAUAUAACAAAACCUCGUUAUAGCAAACAUAUUUUGCGAGUCCCUCAGCCCUCUGCGAUAUCAAGGUUCUUCUGUACUGAGGUGCUGGAUGUGAAAGCCAUGCAAACUAUUAAAUGGCUAUGAAGAUAGAUCAUUCAAUACUAAAGACGAUUCAGCAUAUCAAGCGACCAAAAAGUCUUGUGUUUGAAUAAGAGGAAGAUCACAGAACAUGUGAACAAUGCUCUCAAUAACAUGCACCCAUGAAGUGUUUCAUUCCCCCUGCAGGGGCGUAGUUACAUGCACUAGUCAUAAAAACGCAGCAACAAAAAAAACUAAAAACAGAAACCAAAACGGUGAAAACGCAUUUUCUGUAAAAAGAGGGAUUUUUUGGUAACUCAAACUCAACUCUUACUUAACUCAAGCUCGUAACUCAAUUAAUAGCCGAUCCCAAGCAAGCGUUCGAGGGCCCAUGUUAUUUUCAUAAAUAGAUUGCAAAACAGUCCGUAUUUUUGCGUAUUCAAGUACGCGCGAGCAGUCAAACAAAAGGUCUGGAAUGAGGCUGAAACAGGCCCUAAGGGCGUGUGAGGCUCGCGCGCUUCGUGCGCGUAAGACUCUUACGCCACGCUUUACCGAUUUCUUUACUGAUUUUGAGAAAAAAACCGACUGUUUUGCAGUCUAUUUCAUAAAUGACCUUUUUAUUUUAUUAAGUGGGCUAAACUAAAUGCAUAUGCCGAUGAUCACCAGAUUUAAGGGAUGCAGUGGUACUGGGAAAAUCCUUAUGUAAGGAAGUAGAAACAGUAAAUCAAUGGUAUAAUAAAAAUGAGAUGAUUGUCAACCAAAGUAAACAUGAGGCCUUGGUCAUUGGAGACACCAAUUGUAGUUUCUCCUUUCCUGUUAAAGACUCAAUCAACAUUUUUGGCUUGAACCUUGACUGCUAACUUCAAUUAUUUGAUAAACACACAUCUUCUGCCUGCAGAAAGGUCAAUAAUCAAUUUAACGUCAUGUUGUGAUUCAGAAAACUGAUUACCAAAAUGACAUUGGCAAAACUGCACAAGGCUUUCAUCCCACUGCAUUUUCAAUAUUUAUUGCUCAUCAGUAUGGCAUUUCUGUGGAGCGCAAAAUGUAGGAAAACUAGAAAACCUUAAUCAAACGAUUCUUAGAUUUAUAUUAGACGACUUUGAAUCUGCUUAUAACAUUUUAUUGGAUGAACUGAGUCAACUGUGUUUCUCAGUCUGUACAACAGACGUAUUCACAAUAUUAUGCUAAUUUUACUCUACAAGAGUUUGUUUCUAACUGUUAAAGUAUCCUACAUGUAUCUACGUCAAGAAUAUGAUCAAUCUAUGUAUUUCAUCUUAUAAUUUACGUGGCAACUAUAUUCUGACACCGCCUGUACUUAAACUACAUGUACUACUCAUGGCCUUCAUUCUUUUCCUUAUCAUGCCACUAAACAAUGGAACUUACUACCAGACUCAAUGCAAACCAGUGAUUUUACUAACUUUAAGAAACAAUUAGCUAGCCAAGACAGUAAAUAAGUUAAAGUAUAUCAAUCGUAUAAAGUGUUAUUUUCAAUUAACUUUCCGUAAGAUUUUUGGGUAUUGUUCAUUGUUUAUUUAGUUUUUAGCCUGCAUGUGGGCUAUUGAUUUUUGAAUUACGCCCCCCUCAAGGUGUCAAGAUACUAUCCAAUAGGAGCAAAGCACAUGUAAAUAAACUGACAGGAAGUUGCUCAUGCACAGGGCUUGCACAGUCUUGAAAAGUCCUUGAAUUUUAGGGGAAGUCCUUGUCCAUUUUUCCUUGAAAAGGCCUCAAAUUUCUGUGCAAGUCUUUGAAAAGUCCUUGAAUUUUCUUCAACUCUGAAUGUAGUGGCCUGGAAAGAAUUUUUUGAUGCUAUUUCGUUGUCCAAGACAGAAUAAUUAUAAAUCACAGCUCAGAGAAAUUGAAGGUUAUUUACAUAAAGUGCUCUACGUUUUAUGCAAUAAUUAACUAUCCGAUUGGGGACUGGGACUGGUAACAUGGGAAAAUUUAUAGUUUUUUAAUGCUGGGCAAACGCAAAAACCGGUCAAAAGCUUCCAAAGAUUCUUUGCCAUCUCCAGAUGAAAAAAAAUCGAAAGACGAGGGAAAGGCACACUCAACUGCAUCGGAGACUGACGAAGUGUUCGAAGCUUUAGAAAUGGCGGAAGGUGUAGGGUCGAAGCUUGAAGCUGUACUUAAGAAGUUAGAAAAGCUUGAUACUAUUGAAAGCCGCUUGAGUCAGAUGCACACAACACUAGCAAGUAUUGAAGAAAAUGUAAGCAGGCUGGACUCGGAUGUCGAAGAUCUCAAAACAAAGUCCAAACAGCUUGGCUCAACAGUCAAUGAAUUGAAAGAAAGCAUCGAAUUUAAUGAGGAGGACAUAUCAGACUUAAAACUUGAAAACCAAAAGUUACAACAGGAUGUCUGCGAGCUCCAGAAACAACUUCUUUACAUGGAGACCUACUCUAGGAGGGAAAAUGUAAAAUUUGUGGGGCUGCUAGAAGAGCAAGUUGACAACAUGAAUGGUGGUGACGAAGAUCACAAUGGCGCGCAAGCAAAAAUAGAAGAUACAAGAGGGAUUAUCUAUAAAUUUCUCGAACAUCAACUAAAGAUUCCAAAUGCGCGACAAAAAAUUGAAUUCCAAAGGCUUCACCGCUUAGGAAAAUCGAAAAAUGGAAGCUCGCGUCCUAUCAUUGCACGAUUUUUACGUUAUGGGGAUAAGGAACUAGUGAUGGAUCAGGCCCGGAAACAUCUGAAGGACACGGAAUUCCAUGUCUACGAUGACAUCCCAAAAUUAUUGUACGACUCAAGGAAAGGACAAAUGAAGAAGUUGCAGAAGGCCAGAGAAAAAGGCUUUACCGCCUAUUUCAGUAAAGCUCAGCCAGACAAACUGUAUGUCAACGGAAAGUACAUUGCCCCUGGUGAACCAAUAGAGUGAUAUCCUUUUCAAUAAUAAGUUUUUUCUCUGCGAAUGCCAAAUAAUUUAUUUUGCAGCUACUUUUCCACUUAUUUAACGCUUUUUUUUUUUCAACCUUUUAUGUAUAACGAUGUCAGGGAGUUCUAUUUAUAGGAACAUCGAUCGGGCUAUUACCAAAAGCGACGGAACCCAAAAGGAUUUAUUACUGUAAUAUGUGUCUGUAUCUGUGUUUAUGUUCUUCUGUGUGUUAUUAUCCGUCCUUUUCAUGUACCUUGUACAAUUUGCAAAUAUCUAGGCCUAGUUAUAAUGCUAAAUUACAUAGCUGCUCUCUUGACACUCUCAACAAAGGAUUUCCUUUCUCACCUUUUCACCAUGGAACCUGAUGAUAUGGUAAUUUGCUCCCUAAACGUCAGAGGUUUGUCAAACAAUUCUAAACGGAGAGAAACGUUUUUAUGGUUAAAGAAAAAAAAGUUCUCUAUUUACUUUUUGCAAGAGGUGCAUAGCACAAAAGAGACAGAACCUUAUUGGCAUUCUGAAUGGGGAUAUUCGACUAUUUUUACAACCUUCUCAAGCUCUAAGGCAGGCGUUGCUAUACUGUUCAACAACAAUUUUCAAUUUCAAAUUCUGAAACAUUUUGCCGACCCCGAAGGGAGGUUUAUUAUUUCAGACAUAGAUACUGGGGACAAAAUUAUGACACUAGUAAAUGUCUACGCGCCUAAUGAGGACAACCCAGCCUUCUUUAGAAACGUACGUGAGAAGCUGUGCUCCUUUGAAUGCGUUUUUGUAAUUUUUGGUGGCGACUUCAAUUUAGUUUGUGAUGUUUCUAAAGACAAAAAAGGGGGUGUUGCCACAACACACUUGAAAUCUAAAGAUGAAGUAGAGGCUAUCAGAGAAGAUUUCGAAUUGGCUGAUAUUUGGCGCGUACUUAACCCUGAGGCCACGCGUUUUACGUGGAGAAGGGAAAACCCUGAGAUCCAAUGCCGCUUAGAUUUCUUCCUCAUUAGUCUUUCUCUUUGCCCAGUGAUCACGGAAGCCGACAUAGUGCCCGGUUACCGAACAGACCACUCGAUGAUUACAUUUCGCAUAAACACAGCCCGAAACCCCAGAGGACCAGGUUAUUGGAAAUUAAACACACACCUCUUAACUGAAACGCAAUACGUUGAGUUGAUACGCAAAACUAUCGCUGAUGUGUGUAAGGAAUAUGAAGGCCAGAGUGAAGUUGACGAGAUUUUAUUAUGGGACAUCAUCAAAAUGAAAAUUAGAGAAGCCUCUUUAAAUUAUGCCGCAGCCAGGAAACGGCGUCUGGAAAAUAGAAAAAUCAGUUAGAAGAAGAAGUUUUAGCACUCGAGAAUAAGCUUGACGAACGUAACGUAUCAGACAUAGUGAAAGAAAACAUACGGACUGAACUCAGAAUUAAGAAACAGCUAAUAGAAGAAAUAAUCGCCUACAAAACUCAAGGGGCUAUUCUUAGAUCAAAAGUGAAAUGGUAUAAUGAAGGAGAAAAGAAUACAAAAUAUUUCCAUAAUCUGGAGAAGCGGCACUUUAAUAAUAAAACCAUUAGGUACCUCCAAAGCGCAAAUGGAAAGAAGUUUUCGACGGACGAAGAGAUUCUAGACGAAGCAAAAAACUACUAUGAGCAUCUUUACACGACUACAAGUGUUGAUGUCAGUGAUUAUGAUAAUCUUUUUUUCCCUGAGGUUACUGAAACAAAGCUAGGUAAUAAUCAAAAAGAAUCUUGCGAAGGCCUACUGUCAGCAACGGAAUGCUUAGAGAGUCUAAAAACAAUGGAAUCGGGUAAAUCGCCUGGGACGGACGGUUUUCCAGCAGAAUUUUAUAAAGUUUUUUGGGACGAUUUGUCUACCUUUUUACUCGCCGCUUUAAACUCGUCUUUUACCCAGGGUCACCUUUCCAUCUCGCAGCGCAGGGGAUUGAUAACCCUGAUACCAAAGAAAGACAAACCGCUACAGCAUCUAAAAAACUGGAGACCUAUAAGCCUUUUAAACUGCGACUACAAAAUUGCAACAAAAGCAAUUGCAGCAAGAAUAAAAAAAGUGUUACCUGAUAUGAUAAACAAUGAUCAAACGGGCUUCCUCAAAGGUAGAUCAAUUGGUGAAAAUGUUAGGUUAAUAGACAGUAUAAUAACUUACGCUGAAAGCCAGAACAUCCCUGGCAUUUUACUUUUUAUAGAUUUUGAGAAAGCCUUCGAUACUUUGGAAUGGAACUUUAUUGAAAAAACUCUCCGCUAUUAUAACUUUGGUGACUCCUUGAUUACCUGGGUUAAAUUAUUCUAUAAUGAUAUAAGCAGCUGCAUUCAAAAUAACGGUUGGUCUUCCGCCUUUUUCAAUCUUACUAGAGGUGUCAGACAAGGUUGUCCUUUAUCCCCGUAUUUAUUCAUUUUAUGUGUUGAAAUACUAGGAAAUGCCAUACGAAACCACGAUCAAAUCAAAGGCAUUUGUGUUUUAGGCACAGAAUGUAAACUAAGUCAAUACCCAGAUGAUACAACCUUGAUCCUAGAUGGCUCAGACAACUCAGUUCACCAGUCUUUUAGUCUUUUAGAUUCUUUCGCAACUAUCUCUGGCUUACGAAUCAAUUACGAAAAAACAGAGGCUCUUUGGAUUGGCUCUUCACGUUUGCAAAGAAGAGUAAUCCCGGGUUUUCAACAUAUUAUGUGGCCUGUUAAUAAAGUUAAAGCCUUAGGGGUCUGGUUCUCUACAACUAAAGGCGAAUCUCUAACACUGAACUAUGAAGAAAAAAAGGAAAAGAUUUGUAGGUUAGUUGAUAUUUGGCAAUUCAGAAGAUUAACCCUUCUUGGGAAAAUAACGGUCAUUAAGAGUUUGCUUGCUUCGCAGCUAGUUUACAUCUUGUCCCCUCUACCAUCGGCGCAUCAUGAACUUAAAGAAAUAAAAGAUGUUUUCUUUAAGUUCCUAUGGGAUGGCAAACAAGAUAAGGUCAAAAGAACAGAAAUAAUCAAUGACUUUGCCGAAGGUGGCCUCAAAAUGCUAGAUUUACAAAGUUUCAAUCGUGCUCUUAAAGCGAAAUGGAUUCAACGAUAUCUAGAUCCUCAUAACAGAGGAAAAUGGAAGCUGUUUGUAGAGUUCUCCCUAAUAAGUCACGACAUUAACCUUCUUUUGCAAGGUAACCUUAAUUCGGAUGAUGUUGCCUCCCUGGGAAUAGAAGACCCCUUUACUAAAGAACUUAUUGAAACGUGGUCACUUCUGAAUUUUAAAAAACAACUUUCCAACUUCGGCGAAACACCAAUUUGGUACAACUCUCUUAUACGUAUUGACAACAAGCCUAUCCACUAUCGUAACUGGUCCACGGCAGGUAUUUAUUUCGUAAAUGACCUUUUGGAAGAGGAUUCACAAUUUUUAACGUUUGAUACUUUCAGGGAAAAGUUUGCGAUAAAAGCUUACUUUCUACAGUACCACGGAGUGAUAUGUGCCAUCUCGAAUAUAAAACGUAAAAACCAUUGCCCACAAAUGAACGGUGCUAAAACCGACACCAGAAGCCUAUUAUCCUCUGAAGCUUUCUGUAAAUUAGCUUACAAAUCUUUUCUAACUCAAACCGCCUCUAUCCCUUGUAAAAGUCAGGAAAAAUGGCUGACAGACUGCAACUUUUGUGACUUUGACACGAUUGAUUGGGCUAAGUCAUAUACCCUUGCUCUCCUAUGUACCAACGAAUCUAAAUUACGUGUAUUUCAAUUUAAACUUCUGCAUAGAAAAUUGGCAACGAACUAUUUCCUUUUUAAAAUUGGAAUCAAAUCCAAUGAUCAAUGCCGUUUCUGUAAAGAAAGCUCGGAAACUCUUUUGCACCUCUUUUGGGAAUGCCCUUUCGUUAAAUCUUUUUGGAAUGAAAUCAGUAACUGGAUGAAAAAAAGCUCUUGCUUUCUUAACGAAGAAUUCUCCUUUUUGACUUGCAUAGGCCUCGUGAACGAUACUACAAACCUGCUUUUCCAUCAUGCACUUUUAAUCGCGAGGUAUCACAUCUAUUUCUCAAACCAAAAAGGCUUUAACCCUUCAUGGGAACUCUUUUUUCGAACCUUUCUAAAUUGUCUUGAUUAUGAAAGACGUUAUGCCAUUAAAACUGGGACUUUAAGAAAUUUCAAUGCAAAAUGGGGAGCGUUUAUCCAGGAAAAUGAUCUUUAGUCUUAUUUCCUUUGUCGAGAUGUACGGAGAACAGCAAUCGCGCUAACUCUCUAGAGGCUCUUUCAGGACGUUUCUAGGCGGAUAAUCAGUAAUCGUGCGUGGUGCGUGUGUGUGCGUGUGUGGGUGUGCGCGUGAGUAUGCAAAAACUACUUAAGUAACUUUCGCUACUCUGUAUUAUAUAUCUGGACUGUUAAGUAAUUACUGUAUAGUAGCAAUGUAUAUCAUGUAUCUAUAUGCUUUAUAUGUAAGUAAUGUAAAUAAGUGACGCAAAUAAAUAAAUUAAUUAAUUUCAAAAAAAAAAAAAAAAAAAAAAAAAAAAAAAAAAAAAAAAAACUAUCCGAUUAAGACAAGUGAACUGAAAAAUGUAGAGAAGUUGGUAAAGCAAACAGUUCAAGCCUUUCAAAAGUCUUAUUAGAAUAGACUGGGAAAGUGCAUUUUUGUACAAUCUGUGAAAUGAUAUUCCUAGUAGGCGGUCCUUGAAAAUCUAAUGUGGUCCUUGAAAAGUCCUUGAAAAAUGGUUGCAAUUUUUUGUAUGAAGCCUGAUGCACAUGUUAUGCUUAACCGCAUCAGUGGUCAAAUCCAGUCAGAAACAAACACCAAAGAAAUCAAUUUGUGUGGAGCAUUCCACUUUCAUUUUGAAAAGCGGCAAAAAUAACAUUUGCUUAUUUUGGUGGUCAUUGCAAUCGCUGCUUUUGAGAUAUACAGCUGCAAAUUUACAGGUUACCUAAUUUUAAUAUGUUCUUUCAGCUUGUGGUAACAAAAUUUUGAUCAUGUGAUUAACUAAUGUAAGCGUGACAUAGGGUUUGUACACGCUUUCUUAGAAGGCUGUUAGGGGAUUAAAAAAGUAAUAAAAAGGCAGCAGAAUUCCUUCCCUUGUCUCCAUGUUUUGUUUGUGGUGUUUCCUUGGCAUUUAAGGCAGUUUUAGAGCGGUUCAAGCGAAUUUUGGCCAUGCCGUUCUCUCUAAAUAUCUUUGUUCCCUUUAUAUAUCACUAAAAUGAUACGUAGAGAGAACAACGGCACAGCUUAAACUCACUGGAAUCGCUCUGAAACAGACUUAAAUGCUAGGGAAACCUAACAAAUAAAACACGGAGGAAAAGGUUAUGUAAGUGCAUCGAGUAACACAAAUUGUGAGCAUGUCAUUUCAUAUUAAAUUUGAACAGCAUACUAUGUAGCUGGAGGUAUGGUCGUGAUUGUCCUCACUGAUACAAAACUUAAGGACUCUGAGGCUUAUUUGACAAAGCUAUGGAGAAUCUGUUGAGAGAUUAAUUCAAAACUACCGACACUUUUUGUAAAAAUUAGGUGUUAGAAAAUAUGCUGAUAUCUCAAACAUUUUUAUACCGACAAGAGAAUCAAAAAACCUUUUCUUAAAGUUCUACCAUUCUUCAUUUAGGAAACCAAAAAUUGUAAAUUAAAUGUAAUGCUGUUUAUUUUCAUCUCAAGAUUCAUUACUGUAAAGUCACAUGGACCUGCUGUAACCUUGCAAAUAACGAACAGAUACAAUGGAACAGCAUACACCAUAGACUUGACGUUAGCGCUCAAAUGCUUUGACUGGCCAAGGGAAGCUCAUGAAUGGAGAAUGAGGUGUCGCAGUGGUAAGUCUGUCACUUUGUUGUUGUUUCAACGGGAAGACGUAAUUUAUUUCUUAAACUAGAAAUACGUGUAUCGCAGAAGCUUGGGGGGAGGCCCAUAAAAUGUCAGGGAUGGAAGGGGGGUGAAUUGGGGUAAAUUGUGUAGCUUGGGAGGGUGGACUUCAACACUGGCUCUGAUACUUAAGGGUGAGAUACAGUUAAUCUCCUUUUGGUUGGAGUAAAUAUUUGAACCCAGUGCUCUGUCAUUAAAAAGGAAUUUCUGGGGUUUAAAUGGAGUUUGUGUUGUUAAGGAAGGGUAGCUAAUGUUUCAUAGGUCUUGUAUUCACCCCAUUAGAUCCUCCUACAUGUGUGAUUAUAGUCGAAGGAGAUAUGUGUGAUGGUGAAUAACUGCAGGCAAAUAUGCAGCUAACCCAUGCCAUCUUUAGUAAUAAGUGUAAAAAUAAUUCCUUGUGAAGUGUGUCAGUAGUAGUGAGUGGAUGAAAUGGUAGGAGAUAAUGCUGCAGUGAAAAUAAGUAAAUGCUGGUAAUUGGAGAAAAAAAUAUUUAUUGAUAAGUGAACUACAGCAAUGAGAGUGUUUGCAGUUGUUGUAGUACAUAAUCACACUUGACAGCUAAUUGUUUGUAACAGCAAGGUGCAGACAGUCACUUACACUAAAAAAGAAAUUCAAUGUCAUUAGGGAUGCAGUUGAGGAGAAUAAUGAAAGCGAUCGUGACUCAUGAUUAUUGAAUAUACAGUACCCUCAUUAGCACUAAAUUAUCCCUGUAAAAAGUACCAAGUCAUUUAUGAAAGUGUUCAUAGUUAUUUGUGCAUGAGAAACAAAUACCCAUGCAAGAGUGAAUUUGUAUGAAAUGUCCACGUACAAGUGAUGUUGAAGGUGUUCACUUUCUCAGUUCUCAAUAUGCAUGAGCUUUUUGAGACAUGGUUGCCAGAGGCAUAGUUUUCAAAUUCCUAGACUGACGAGUCAAAUGUACACUUUCCUUGACCAAAUGAGUUGACAAUUUGUCCAGGGAAUCUUUUAGCCUGAAUUUCAGAAAUCCUUUCGAGUCGAAGGGACGUCUGAAAUGCCCACUAAAAAAUCUUUACUUAACGUUGCAUUUCCCGUGGUAUUUACCGGGGAGGACUGAAUGUAAUCAACCCGAGCCGUUUUUGUUCGAAAUGAAGGAUUUUAGACAUGAUUCUGUGUGUGUAAUAGUUCCCACAUUUCUCCAUUUCUAUUUGUUCAUCAUUAGCUACUCGUGGAUAUGUUUUCUUAGCUGUACUAUCUGACUUAUGCCAAGAAACAACCAUGAUGGACUUCCGUUAUCAAUCGUGAAAAUCAUGACAGUACAUCGUAAUACAUUCAAUACAUGGUAAUAUAUGGCAAUACAUGGAAAGAUAUGGUAAUACAUGGCUAUACAUGGCAGUACAUGGUAAUACACGGCAGUCCACGGCAAUACAUAGUAAUACAUGGCAAUACAUGGGUAUACAUGGCUAUACAUGGCAGUAAAUGUCAAAAGGUGGCAAUAGAUGGUAAUACAUAGCAAUACAUGGCUAUACAUGGUAAUACGUAGUAAUACAUGGCAGUACAUGAAAAUGCAUGGCUAUUCAUGGCAGUACAUGGCUAUACAUGGCAAUACAUGGUAAUACAUGUCAAUACAUGGUAAUACAUACUAAUAUAUCGCUAUACAUGGUCAUACAUAGAGAAUACUUCAUGGAAAGUGCUGGCGUACGGUAUUUACGCACGAGUUGUUGACGUAUCAGAAAUCGAACGAGUGAGCGCAGCGAACGAGUAAGAUUUCUGAUACGUCAACAACUCGUGCGUAAAUACCGUACGCCAGCACUUUCCAUGUGGUAUUGUGUUUAUUAUAUACAUACUGAGACAUUCACCAUUUUGGCGGCCUUUUUAUUUUAAAUCUUUCAAAAAUGCUAAAAUUUGUCGCUACACACUUAUUGCAAAAUGACGACGAAAACGAAGUAUCAGCUUUUUAGUAAAAAUGUUUGUUAAAAACAUAAAUGACGGUAAGGAUAUGAGGUAAUCCAAGAACUAUAAGUAAUCUUAACUGUUUGUUUUCAAUCACAAUUGAAAAUGAGUGAAUUUAAGUAAAGUGGCCGGUUUCAAUAUAAGCUUAAGCUUAAAUGAAAGGCAAUGUAGCUCCGACAACAAGCACAACAAAAGCUUACGUCUCGUUCUGUUUAUCCCUUUCCGCUGUUGUUUCGCCGGCUCUCUACUGUUUUCUUAUCGACAGUGAAACAAACGAAACUAUUCCACUCCAUUUCCGAAAUGUUUUUCACUUUUUUAGCGAGAAAAACUCUUUAAGAAAAACUUUCCUCGUUGAACGUGUGCGAAGCGGCGCUGCAAGCUGCAAUAAAAGGCGGGAAUUUUGGCGCGAAACUCGCACACCUCUGUGGCCUCUGAUUGGACGUAUCAUUUUUCUCACACGUGAAAAAACAUCGUUGGCGAUUCUGAUUGGACGUAUCAUUUUUUUCACGUCUGAAAACCAUCGUUCGCUCCUCUGAUUGGCUAGAACUAAUUUGCGUACGAAAAUAGCUUUUUGGGGAGUAUUUCUCAGUAUGUAUAUAAUAAAUAGUAAUACAUGGCUAUACGUGGCAGUACAUGGCAAUACAUGGUAAUACAUAGUGAUACAUGGCUAUACAUGGCAAUACAUGGUAAUAUAUAGUAAUGCAUGGCAGUACAUGGUAAUACAUAGUAAUACAUGGCAGUACAUGGCAAUACGUGGUAAUACAUGGCUAUACGUGGCAGUACAUGGUAAUACAUGGCAAUGUAUGGUAAUACAUAAUAAUACAUGGUAAUACAUGGGUAUAUAUGGCAGUACAUGGUUAUACACGGCAAUACAUGAUAAUACAUAGUAAUACAUGGCAAAACAUGGGUAUACAUGGCAGUACUUCGCUAUACACGGCAAUACAUGGUAAUACAUUGUAAUACAUAGCAAUACAUGGUAAUACAUGGUAGUAUAUGGCGAUACAUGGCAGGACAUAGCAAUACAUGGCAGUACAUGGUAAUACAUAGCAGUAUAUGGUAAUACAUAUUAUUAAAAACUGAAUCAUUGGAUAAUGCAAUUCUAGCAUUUUGAUUGGCUUAGCCGUUAUGGUAUAUGAGCUAAUAUACCAUGUUUUCCAUAUAUGGUCGGUGUACGCGUCAGUUUAAAAUUGGAAGCUAGCUGAGAUUUUUUUUCGCGAAGGAUAGAACGGCGCCCGAAGCAAAUCGUUUUAAUUCAUUUCUUAGAAUACUAGAAAUGCAAUUUCAGCGCAAGAAAAGAGGCAAAAACAAACAAAAAAGCCACAAGAGCUUGUCUGAAAGUUUGUCGAAAAACACAUGAAAACACAUGGAACUAAAGUACCUUGACCAGCUACGAAAGAAGACAAGUGUUGUUUCUUCAUGAUCGCGAAGCCAUUCGCCGAUCAAGUCACUCGCCGAUAGAUAAUUGCAGCUUGUUUAUCCGACAUCAAGAAUAUAAAUCACAAGUAACCAGCUACAAAUACAGGCUAUGCAGCCAUUCACUAGAGCAAUCGAGGCGGCAGUAUAGCUUCUUUUCUCGUUCAGCAAAACCAGCUUGUGGCUUCAAACAACUUCAUAACAAGCGACCGAGGUAAUACCGGUAGUUUUUCUCCGUUGUUCUUACUUUUAUAACUGCACCGAAAAUCCAAAUUCAUAGUAAUUUCGACGGCUGUCACUUAAAAAUUCCUUUCCUUCACAUUAUCUGCCAGGUUUUUUAAGCUGUUCUGCUGUGUAAAAUCCUAGAAUCACGAUGAGUUUUUAAAAAACUAAUGUUCAUCGCUACAAUGUUUUGAUUUUUCAUUCAUGCAGUCUAGGCGAGUCCGUUCGCGCGUUGACAGUUUUGAUAGACGCGUGACAUGUCAAUAGCGGAAGUCCCUUGUCUUUUCCGGUUUGUUCUAGUCGGGGCAAUUCAACGAGAUUUUGUGGGCGUUUUUAAUAAAACAAUUAUUCCACUCGGGCUUGUUGGAUAUGAAAUGAUUAUAGCCAACUCGGCGCUAAGCGCUUCGUUGGCUAUCUAUAUAUCAUCUCAUAUCCAACGCGCCCUCGUGGAAUAAUUGUUAAAUAAUACAUGGCUAUACACUGCAAUACAUGGUAAUAUAAUGGCAAUACAUGGUAAUACAUAGCAAAACAUGGGUAUAAAUGGCAGUACAUGGCUAUACACGGCAAUACAUAGUAAUAUAUGGCAAUAAAUGGCUAUACAUGGCAGUACAUGGUAAUACAUGGCAAUACAUGGCUAUACAUGGCAGUACAUGGUAAUACAAGGGUAUACAUAGCAGUACAUAGCUAUACACGGUAAUACAUGGUAAUAUUUAAGCAAUAGACCACACUUUCUAUGGGUUUACCGGCGUGAUAACCCACUUGGGAUGUUGGGAGAUCACGAGAAAAGCUUGUAAAUCACGAUCCGAAGGCGAGUGAUUUACAAGCUUUUUUUAGGUAAAAAGUAUGCUUUUAGUUCCGUGAUCAAGUCAUGUCUUCUCUCUAAAGUCAUCAUAAGCCAAUCAUGACUCACGAUUUAAUAGCGCUGAACUUUCUCAAAACUCAGUUCAGUCAAACAACAAACAGCAGCACUUCAAAACACGAGUUUUUGCACUCAUAACACGAAAACUUAUGAAAGCUGUUUUACAGGAAAAGUCAACACAUAUUCAUGCGAACGUACAGUGAAAGAAUACGUUCGUGGUUUGUUUACUACAGAAGUAGAAAUUACUUGAACAUCAGACUGUACGCAGCUGUAUUUUGUUGAGUCGAUCCGUAAGAAUUUCGUGCUUACAGACGGAACUGGCAGCUAUUGUAAUGGAGGACUUCAUUCACUUUUUACAUGCCGCAGUGGUUUUUAUUGUGAUCAAGAAAUGCUGCGGUAACGACGUGGCUGCAUUUGCGAAGUUGUCGCAUGUAACUUUAUAUGCUCGUACAGCGACCGAUGGAAAUAUGUCGAAGAAAGGUUUCUUUGCCGUAGCCACAUAUUGGCGUUAAUAUUUGUCGACUUGUGAAGUCAGGUGGUUUGAGGUAGGUUAUGGCAUGGAUAUCACGGAAUAAUUUGUGCAAAUGUUGGAAAAGACCAGCCCGAAACUCUGACAUCUUUCAUCAUCGUUGGCAGCUUGUUUACAACCUACAGCGGCCGAUUUUGUAACAUAUCUUGAUCAGAGAUCUCUUUUUGGAACAAUUUCUUUCAUUAAGGAAUUUAAUUUUGACAUAAAAUAAAUCAAGAAUGCUAAAACUAUCCGUUUUGUUGCUGGUUGGCACUUGGUUAAGUUUUCCUGGAGACUUUCUACACGAGAAAUUCACACAGUUGUUGUCUUUCUCUGCGAUUUGGCAUCGUUGUGAAAUAGUUGAAAUGUAAACUGCUUUCCAGCUUUGUACUCAGUUAUAACCUCUAAAGCUAUGGCAGUCGCGAAUUGUGACCCCCAGUAAUAAAAUGUGGAAACCAACGCUUUUAAUAUUAAGAAGGGCUGGGUAAGUAACUUGUUCUGUUUUCAGCCUUUCUAAAAUCGUUGUUUGCAGAUCAAUAGCCGGUUUUGUUUAUGGCUCGUGGUGCGGAUGCCUUUUUCUAUGGGUUUACCGGUAUAAUAAACCAUACGUUUUUGACCAAUCAGAUCACGCGUACUAUCUCAGUUAUUUUAUAAAUGGCAAUACAUAGUAAUACAUGGCAAAACAUGGUUAUACAUGGCUAUACACGGCAAUACAUGGUGAUACAUGGUAAUACAUUCUAAUACUUAGUAAUACAUGGCAAUGCAUGGUAAUACAUGGUAUUAGUAUAUACACACUCAGUGAUCUUGGUAAUUCAAGCAAUCUGAUUGGUUAGCUAUCUCGGACUAUGACGUUAUAUUCACCGCGCUAGGCGGUGAAUAUAAAGCCGAACAAAAUCGCUGUCGUGAACUGGGUGUUUUGCCAAAGUUUCAAAGUAAAACCUUUUUGAAAAUACACGAAUAUCCAAGUGCUGAUGACUUUGAAGGCAAGAAAAGACUUCAUGGUGUUUAAACAGCGUGAUUUAUUGUGAAGUGGUUUACUUUAGCUGACUUUUUGUACGCUCGAAUCUAUGUUUACCACUACAGAGGAAAACGAGGUCGCUUUGUCACUGUUUUGUGAUUUCGGGAUUUUCUCGCAAGACCAAUUUUGCCUAUAAAUAGGAGUUAAUUUAUGGAGAAGAGAGGAAGGCAAAUAUUUUCGAAAAUUGUACGUGCCACCAAGUUAACAAGGCAAAGAACUUUGGAGAUAAACAACGCUCACCUUGAUCGCAGCCGCUGUUGACAGCAUUUGCAAGAAGCGACGAAGAAAACUUUCUCAUUCAUGGUGAGUUGACAGAAACAAAUAAAGCUCUAGAUACUUUUCUUCCCAGAAUUGGGUAGUAAUUUAAAUUUUCGGCGUUUUCUUUUAAACCGUUGAUGCUAAAGCUUACAAAACUCGAUACAAAAGGAUUAAAACUAUCAUUUGCCAUGUUUGAAGAUACUGUAAAGAUCUAAGUUUUGCGCAUCCACUGUUUACGGCUUCGUGUACACGCAUGAAUUCACCCGUCAAUCAAACUAAUCGUUUUUUAAUGGUUUCCUUUCCGAUUCUGUUGAGAUCACUUCGUGUGAAUAUACUAAAACAAUUAUUCACCUCAGGCUCAGUUAACAUUGUUGAAUAAUCCCCUCGACUUCGUCUCGGGGAUUAUUCAACAAUAUUAACUUCGCCUUCGGCGAAUAAUUGUUAAAUAUAUGGCGAUACAUGUCAAUACAUGGUAAGACAUAAUAAUAUAUGGCAAUACAUGGGUAUACACGGCAAUACAUGGUAAUACAUGGCAAUACAUAGUAAUAGCGGGGCUCCCGCGCGCGCGAAGUGCGCGUGGGACAGAGCCCCAUACUCAUGGAAUAUGGUCAACCUCUUUUCGUUUGGUUGUCACGUGAUUGACCGAGCGUACGUACGCGUCUACGGAUUGUACGGGUGGGGUAGGGGAGACUAUCAAAAGGAAGGGAGGGGUGUCUCUGGCGUGUCUUGGCAAGUCCACAUCUUUUAUAUAGGACAUUCACUAUAUGGUCAAUUGACAGCUGUCAAAACAGGAUAGCCAUUGACCAGUAUCCCAUGCCCAUAUCGCGGGCUUAUGUGUCAACUCAUCGAGGUGACGUGAUUUAUUUGGAAUCUGUCCGCUGACCAGUUAACUGUCUUACUAGAUCGCGAACAAUGUUCAAUCUCAUACUUUCUAGCCUGGGAACACAGGAAAACUGAUAAUGCACGAUAAUGCACACACAUUGGACAUCAAUGUUUUGAUCAAUUGACAGCUGUCAAAACAGGGUACCCGCUGACCAGUAUCACUUGGCCGUAUCGCGGGCUCAGGUGUCGACCCAUCGAGAUCAAGUAUUUUUUUGAAGUUAUCCGGUGGCAAGUAACUAGUUUUCAAGUGAUCGCAAGCUCAAGUUUAUUUUGGUUGUUAAAUUCAUAUGAAAUAUGUUGUGUCAGGAGCCGAUAAUCGGAUUUCAAACUGACCUCGGACGCGAAAAUUCAGCCAUCUAUUAAGGGCAGGGAAGACAGUUGCUUUUGACUUUUCUCACCAUGGUCACGCGUUGGUCACGCUCUACGUUCAAUUUUUAUGCUCUGAUUGGUCAAAAUUUGACAGGUGAGUUCAUGCGGAAAAAUUAUGCAGCGUCUUGAAUCUUGUUGACAGCUGAAGCUGACAGAGUUUUGUGUCAACUAGUGAUGUUUUUAACUGUCUUUUUCCACUGAAUGUACAAAAUGAAAUUCAGCUGCUAUCGGGAGUCUUCUGCUAUUCAUGGCUAGUUUGUUUAUUGGGUUUUUGGAUGAGAAAUACGUCGCUUGUCAAAGUCGGAAAUCCGAUUUCGGAUGGCAUCGUUUUCGUUUUCACCUUGCUUGAUGUGUAAGAGGGCUGCGAAGUCUGAAGCGAUACUGGCCUUACUUGAUACCUUUCAGGAGCUGCGUCUCGAAUGGUGAGCCAGAGUAAUUAUUGUAUUUGAUGUUUGUUUUUUAUAUCUAACUUAAUGAAGUCGAGCGUAGUUUAUGAGGGUAUUUAGUUUAUGCACGUUUGUAAGAUUAGAGACAAUGAUCUAACCGAGUAUCAGGUUUAAUAUAAACUUACAGAACUUUAAAAAGCCUUUUGACAGUUUCUCACCGCAAAUAAAAAGAAAACGUUCCAAAGAAUAUUUUAUUAUAAUUCUGGCUGUAAAAGAAAGCUGUGAGUGAUUUUCUUGCCUCGAGUUCGUCUUUGAGAAAAGCAAACACCGGGAAGCUGGCUUAAAACAUAAACUGUCUUAAGCUUUAAGCUUGAAGACUCAGGAUUUUUAGAGACACUUUAAUACUUGUCUUCCUGAAUGAAAAUUGUUGUCUCUGUAUAUGUUUCACCGAAUUAUAUUUCUUUUAUUGAUUGUUAGUAGUCUCUCUUGUAAUUUUAAUCGCUGUGCCGAUUGUUUUCAGUUGUUCAGUGAACAUCGCGUGCAGGACUACUCAAAAUGCCGCGCGUUAAACCAUUUUAAAAUAAAAAAGUAAACAAUAAAUUCUUUAUUCUGUUGGAGCGUAACUCUGUAAAUGUUCAUUCAAACCAACACUCGCCACAGCUCGCACUACAAAAAUGAGAACCGGAUGGCCGUAAAGCUGAUUUUGGAAAUUUUUUUAACGGUUUAGCUGAAAAGCCCACGCGUACUUCCAUCGUCCUUAAUAUUGAAUGAGUGCCAUUUGUAUUGCAAAAUUGUGAAAUACUGCUUUCUAUCCAAGAUCUGUAUGAUAAAAACAGUGCCUCAUAGUAGUUUCACCUCAGAUGUUAUGUAUCAGUGGUAUAAACGGUUGGUUUAUACGCACCCAGAUUUGUUGGCAAGAUUUUGCAAAGUAACUUGUCGAACGCAAAAAAUUCGUGCCUGAUUUUUUUUCCAGGCCUAAUUAAUCUACGGCGAUCAAGAGCCAUUAUGGCUCUUAAAUGUGAUCGAAGUUGAUUACCAGUUUUUGGGUGUAAAUAUGAGGCUAUCAACUCGAUGUAAGAUUUGGUUCACUCUUGGGCUGUUUGCAAAUUAUUUUUCUCUAAAAUCACUUAGCCUUUUCCUCAAAAGUCACAUAAAUGUGCUCUAAAGUGAACUGAAUUGUGGAAUACAAGUUUAUUGUUUGAUUUAAAUCAUGAAUUUAUUAAUGGGAGCCUCGCUUUUAGCCCUGGCUAAAUCUAUAUAUUACAUGGCAAAACAUGGUUAUACAUGGCAGUACAUGACUAUACACGGCAAUACAUGGUGAUACAUGGCAAUACAUGGUAAUACAUUCUAAUACAUUCUAAUACUUAGUAAUACAUGGCAAUGCAUGGUAAUAUAUGGCGAUACAUGUCAAUACAUGGUAAGACAUAAUAAUGCAUGGCAAUACAUGGGUAUACACGGCAAUAAUAAUAAUAACAAUCUUUUAAUAGGAUGCUCCAUCACAAGAGUGGUUUACAUAGAGGUCCUAAUUACGAGAUGUAUAUUAUAUAAUACAAUUAAAAUAUAAAAAGGUUAAGCUAAAAUCGAUAUAUAUGAUACAAAAAAAAAAAAAAAAAAAAAAAAAAAUUCAAGCUAAAAUCGAGUUACAGAAAUAAUUAAAACAUACACACUACAAGUACUCAAUUAUAAAAAGCAGAAAAAAGACACUUCUUAAAAAUUGGAAAACUUGCUGAGUUUCUUACAGUUCUCUCUAAUUCAUUAAAGUCUUUGAAACAGUGGUACCGCGAACGUUGUUUUCCCCAAUUAUAUUUAAUUUUGGGGAGCUUGAUAGUAUCGUUAUUGCGCGUAUUGUAGGAAUGUAUAUCACUCUUUCUUACAAUGUCCAAAGAAUGAUUAAGUUGGCCAUUAAUACACUUGUAUGCAUAUAUACAUCGAUGACAUUUCCUACGUUCUUCAAGAUUCAGCCAUCUCAAGACAAUCAAUGCAUCGGUGGAUGAGGAGUGAGGUGAUCUAUCUAAUAUCAACUUAGCUGCUUUGUUUUGGAGAAUUUGCAAUUCCUUCAUAAGUGAGACAUUGUCCUUGUCACCCCAGACUAAAUCAGCAUAAUCAAAAAUAGGUAGCACUAAGCUAUUAUAAAAAAAAGUAACCGGGCAUCAUAAGGCAAAUAAUACUUAAUCCUACGUAGAAGACCAAGGUUUUUAUCAACCUUACAUGAAAUAUACUCAAUAUGGUCGGACCAUGUGAAAGUUGAAGACAACAUAACUCCCAAAUAUUUAAAACUACUUACAGAAUUUAUAUCAGUGUCAAAAAUAGAUAACGUGAAAGAGGAAAUACCAACAAGUUUCCUAUUACUGCCUAUAAUCAUGGAUUUCGUCUUAGUAAGAUUUAAAGUUAACUUAUUUCCAUGUAACCACUGGGCAACUUUCAAGAGAUCAUCAUUCAGUGCCUCUUCUAACAGGUGUGGCUCUUUAGCAAAGUAGUACAGGACCGUGUCAUCAGCAUACAAAGUCACUUCGCAAUUCUUUAUAACCAGCGGAAGGUCAUUAAUAUAAACCAAGAAGAGAAGCGGUCCUAGAAUGCUCCCCUGUGGCACCCCAAAGGUCAUCGGGAGAGGGUCAGACACAGCAUCGCUACAGGCAGUCCGCUGUUUACGAUGAUUCAGGUAAGACUUGAACCACUGUAGAGUGCUGGGCGAGACAUCGAUAGCCGACAAUUUAGAUAGCAAGAUCGUAUGGUCAACGGUAUCGAAUGCCUUGGUCAGAUCUAGGAACACUGCACCGCACAGUUCUCCACUCUCCAUAUGCAAUAGGACCUCAUCUGCAAAACUGGUGAGAGCCGAUGUCUUAGACAGUUUGGGACGGAAGCCAAAUUGUUUGCUUGAAAGGAGAUUAUUUGAAUUCAGAAAGUCAUAGAAUUGGGAAUGGACGACUUUUUCCAGAAUUUUACUCAUUGUUGGCAGAAUAGAAAUUGGGCGAUAAUUUGACGCAUCUCUCCUAUCUCCAGUUUUGAAAAGUGCAGCCACUUUCGAGCAUUUCCAUAUUUCAGGAAAAUUGCCAGUGCGAAUAGAGAGAUUCAGUAACUUGGUGAUCGAGGGACAAAUAGCACGCGCGCCACACUUUAAAAGUCUCGCACUGAUGUUGUCCAAGCCAAUAGCUUUAUUUGUCUUUAGAGAAAGCAGAUGCUUGAGUACUGUUUUCUCAUCAACUUCGUCAAGCGAGAAAGACUGUAGCAUCGUGGCCGGUCUGACUGGGAACAUAGCAGCAGCUGAUAUUUUAUUUGCAAGACUUCUGCCAAUGGAUGAGAAAUAACAGUUGAGCACGGAUGCAAUAGAGGCUGGGGUGGUGUGUUCAACACCAUCAACUACGAUACAUUGUGGGCUCGAGGAUUUAGUCUUGCGCGAAGACACCUCAUUCACCGCCUUCCAGAUCUUUCCUGAAUCCCCUUUAGCCUCUAAAAUCAAGUCACAAUAAUACUUGGAUUUUGCUGCCUUGACUUCACGAUUGACCCUAUUUCUUAACUUUCUAUAGCGAGCCCAGUGAAAAGCAGAAUUGGUUUUCACGGCUUUACGAUGGUGAAAAUCACGAUCCUUCAUCACCUCACUGAUUGUAUCAUUCAACCACGGGAGCGGAACACCUCGUAUUCUUCGCCUUUUCACGGGCGCAUGCAGGUCAGCUAUUUCAGAAAACAAGUGAUUCCAAAUAAACACGGCGUCGUCGAUGUCUUCCUCGUUUUCAAUGAUGUGCCAUGGGACGUUAUUCAAGUCCGCUAGGAAGGUGUUCGCAUCAAAGUUUUUAUAAGAGCGGUAUUCAAUUGUCUUCGGUGGUGCCUUAAUUACACCUGCUUUUAAAACACAAUAGACGAGGUAGUGAUCACUCAGCGAAACAGGAACAACACCGGAGUCAUUGAUGCGGUGAUCAUUGUUCACUAAAAUCACGUCAAGCAAGGAUUGACAGGUUUCCGUCACUCGGGUGGCCUCAGUAAUGAGUUGCGUAAGAUCGUGUGAAGUUGCAAAUUUUUUAAGCUCUUGUUUUCUUUCUUUCUUGAAAAUGGCAGCAUAUUUGCAUUUAGGUCGCCAAGAAGCACGAAAUCACAUUUUUCCAGGUUAACUUUCGUCAUAGAUAUCUCCAAGUUUGAAAUAAAGUUCGCAAAGUCAAAACCGGGGCUCUAUAUGCACAACAAAUCAAUACUGGGCGACAUUUAGUGCGCGAUAGCUCAAUCCAUAGACAUUCAUUUGCGGCUGAGUAAAGAUCAUUCCUAACACGAAACGGCAAGCCUUCCUUUACAUAGAUUGCUACUCCACCAAAACCUUCUUUGGCUCCAGACCUAUCCAGGCGAAUGCAAUUAUAUCCUGGAAUAAUAACAUGAGAGUCUUCAUAGCAGUCAUCCAGCCAAGUCUCACUGAGUGUAAGAAUAUCGAUCGUUCUGUUAUCCAAACCCUCCAGGCGCAGCGAGUCUGAUUUGUUCCUCAAGCUUCGAAUAUUUAGAUGAGCAAGCCUCAAUCCUCGUGAACUCCUGACAUCCUCCAAACUCCUAUAUCCAGGGUUGAGUUCAACAUCUCCGGCAAGCGCUAUUAGAGCCAAGGCUAGAGAGCCAUGAAGUAUAAGCUUGCACGUAAUAAAGCCUUUCUGGAAAGCUCCGACUGCUUGGUGUUUUGCUGGACGCCGUGCCAGAGAGUGAAAAGAUUGAAUUUUAAUCCUGCAAGCUUCUUGGGAAGCAAAAUAUAGGUUGCUACUAUUGCUUAGUGGCUUCGUUGAUGAUUUGUUUUGUUUUAUGCCAUUCAAGAUAAGAAACAGGCAGAGCAGGAGGCCAAAAUUAACGGACAACGUGGUAACGCAUCCAGCCAUCUUGGUAAUACACAAUACAUAGUAAUACAUGGUAAGACAUUGUAAUACAUAGUAAUACAUGGUAGUAUAUGGCAAUACAUGGCAAUACAUGGUAAUACAUAGCAGUACAUGGUAAUACAUAAUAAUACAUGGCUAUACACGGCAAUACAUGGUAAUAUAAUGGCAAAACAUGAGUAUAAAUGGCAGUACAUGGCUAUACACGGCAAUACAUAGUAAUAUAUGGCAAUAAAUGGCUAUACAUGGCAGUACAUGGUAAUACAUGGCAAUACAUGGCAGUACAUGGUAAUACAAGGGUAUACAUAGCAGUACAUAGCUAUACACGGUAAUACAUGACAAUACAUAGUAAUACAUGGCAAAACAUGGUUAUACAUGGCAGUACAUGGCUAUACGCGGCAAUACAUGGUAAUACAUGGUAAUAUAUUCUAAUACUUAGUAAUACAUGGCAAUGCAUGGUAAUACAUGGUAAUAUAUGGCGAUACAUGUCAAUACAUGGUAAGACAUAAUAAUAAAUGGCAAUACAUGGGUAUACACGGCAAUACAUGGUAAGACAUAAUAAUACAUGGCAAUACAUCGGUAUACACGGCAAUACAUGGUAACACAUGGCAAUACAUGGCAAUACAUAGUAAUACAUGGCAAAACAUGGUUAUACAUGGCAGUACAUGGCUAUACACGGCACUACAUGGUGGUACAUGGCAAUACAUGUUAAUAUAUUCUAAUACUUAGUAAUACAUGGCAAUGCAUGGUAAUACAUGGUAAUAUAUGGCGAUACACGUCAAUACAUGGUAAGACAUAAUAAUACAUGGCAAUACAUGGGUAUACACGGCAAUACAUCGUAAUACAUAGUAAUACAUCGCAAAACAUGGGUAUACAUGGCAAUACGUGGCUAUACACGGCAAAACAGGGUAUACAUGGCAAUACAUUGUAAUACAUAUGAUAGUAAUACAUGGCAUUACAUGGUAAUACAUGGUAAUAUAUUGCGAUACAUGGCAGUACAUGGUAAUACAUGGCUAUACAUGGCAGUACAUGGUAAUACUUGGCAAUGCAUUGUAAUACCUGGCAAUACAUGGUUAAUCAGUUAUACAUGGUAGUACAUGGUUAUACAUAAAAGUGGUUUACAAAACAUGUUAAUACAUCAUUUUAAAUGCAUUCGUGAUACACUUUAAUAACCCUACUUAAAGUACCUACCUGCAUUCGUGCCUAGGGCGCGAUCGGCGCGAUCACGAUGACCCGUCCUCUCGUCGUUCAGAGACAUGUUUCACAUCAACCUAAUAUUAACUUUGAUUCUUUCUGGACUGUUUUUUGUUAGUAAAUAAUCAAAAGCCGAACUGAAAUGUGCUUUACCUUUCAAAACGUUGAAAAAGCAGGGACAGACUCCCCCCCCUCCCCUCAGUAAAAAUCGGAGAAGGUAUGGAGGGGGGGUCUGUACACAGGUUAGGAUAGACCCACGACACAUGAGUGAAUAAAAGUUGACAACUGAUACCUAUAAAAAUCUGUCAAUGCUGUUAUAAAUCUCGUAUUUCCGCCAGUUAAAGACGAUCAAGAUUAUUUUUUUUAAAAUUCUUCGUUUCAUUAAUAUUUAAGUUUUUGUCAAAAGGAACUAUUUUUUUUUCAUGUAAUGAGAUUGAAAAUAUGUAGAUGUAAUCAUUUUUUCUUGAAAAAAAAAUCUUUCAUUGCCGGUUUGGUAAGAAGAAUCCUUAUUCUUAUUACAAGGAUUCUUGUUCUUCGGUGAUUUCUGAAAUGGUUAAUCUUCUCAGAAGAUUAAGAUAAAAGUAAUUCCUUUCAGAAGAACUCUCUCAUACAUGACCUGGUAACAACAAUUCUCAUUCUUGAGAUAAGAAUUUUCAAUCUUUUUUUAAGACUUCAUAAAAAAGUGGUUCUUCUCAAGAGAUUCGAAUGCAAUGCAUUCUUUUGACAAGAAGUCUUUCCUGUUUGAUCUCUUUACAAGAAGUUCAAGUCUUAUCACAAGAAUCUUGUAAUGAGAAGAUCGUUUCUUGAAAGAAGAAUAACAAAAAUGGGAAAAUAAGAGUUUCUUUAUCGGUGUUCUAAUCUUUUUACUGUAAAAUAAAGCUUACUGUAAAACCCAUUGUUGCUCAUAGUGUAAAGGCUGAUAGAGUCCGUUGGAAAGAUGUUCUUGACGUGUAUUGUACAGAUCGUGUAACUCUUGCUGCCUAUCGCUGCAUCGAAGAAGAUAAUUUUGUCUUUAAACUUCAAGCGUUGCCUUAUCUCCUCGUCGCUUUUUGAAGCGUCGGAAGUCGGUGUUCCCUCUCUUCAUCGGUCUCGUUUGUAGUGUAAUUGUAGCAUUUUGUCGCUGCCUCUGUACAUGUUUUUUCGAUCGCUGUGUUGACAACGUUGCCUUCGCUGUCCUAAGCGAUGUUCCUUGUUCUUCUCGGUGAUCUUCUUCGAUCCGCUCUCGAUGAAUUUUGGUCGGCGUUCUCCAGAGGAGUUUCGGUGGAAAAUCUUCGCCCGCGAGGAUUUCCAGCCACUUGUUGUGCUUGCUGUUCUGUGUCAUUUGCAUGGGGAAUUGCUCGUGAUUCACCGAUUGUAAAACAUUGUUUAACAGACGAUGAAAAGACACCCACACAACAUGAAAGUGCGCCCUGGUCAUCGGCGGCGAACUAUAUGUUCCCUGGAAACAGCUCCAUGACGUAACGCUGCAUGAAGGCAUUGGCAGACACCAAUCAAAAAAUAUUUAACAAUUAUUCCUCGAGCCCGAUAGCCUGCGAAAACAACCGUUUCUCCUCGCUCUUCGCCACUCGGGGACGUUUCGCGAGAAUGAACGUCUGCGACUCAGCGGCAGAAAUUCCAUACUGAUGACGCAAACCAAUGCUCACAUAAUAAAUCCAGUAGUCAUGGGGUUCCAAAUACAAAUUUGUCCAAUUUUACGUGUCUUAUGGUCGAUUUUGGUAAAGUGUUGUGUUCAUCUGCCAACGAGCUCCAGCAGAACUCAAAUGCUUCUUCAAGAGAAGACUAUAUUCCGCCAAUAUUGACUGGUUUGUUAGAGAUUCUUCGCGUUUACAUUUGACCUUUGUGGCCUUUUGUCUUUUGUCUGUCAUUCGUAAACAAUAGCUAAAACAAUGUAACUACUCCGUCGACCAAUCAGCGCUUCUGGCCGGAUUCCGAACAGAUUUUACUUCAUCAGUAUGGAAUUUCUGUCGCUGAGUCAGACGUUCCUCCGCGCGAAACGUCCCCAUCGGCGAAGAACGAGGAAAAACGGAUGUUUUCACAGGCGACGAGCCCGAAUGGGUCGAAUGGGCUCUGAGUCAAUAGCCCAUGAGCCCUAAGGCCGAAUGGGCUAUUGACUCAGAGGCCAUGAGGGCGAGCGGAAUAAUUGUUUUAGUGAAAUCCAACUAGUUGAUAAAAAAUAUCUAGUUAAAGCUAGACUUUAAUCCUUUUUUUGCCGCCAAAAAGCCGGCGCUUAUCGCUACUAGUGGGCUAAAACAUAUAGCCUAGAAGUAGCUCAACCAGUCAGAACGCAGCAUUGAUAAUAGACCAAUAGUUGGAUUUUACUAAAAGCAGAUAUUCAUAGAAAGAUUGAUAAAAAGAUGGGAAAUCCAAUUUUGCCGCUGGCUAAGACUGCGCGCGUGUCGAGAUUAUAAAUUCGCUUGGCUCGCUUUCGCGAAAUUGAUUUCACCGGUGGCAUUCAGUUGAACAUUUCGUUAACAAGGUGAACUAAACUGUGAAGCAAAAGUCUGAAAAGUGGCUGCUUUUGAGAAGUCAGUUUAUUAGAAAUCUACAGUUUGAUUUACAUACACGAAUAAAUUGCAGUUUAAUUUGUCUUUGGUUCAUUUCAAUGGUCACAUCUUAGAAUCACCUCUCCCACCACAAAAAAAGGUACGGAACCGUAGUACAAUUAGAUCCGAGCCACUUUUGACAUGUCCACCGAGAGAACUGGUUGUUUCGGACAGACUGGGUUUGGUGCCCUUUUUAAAAAGCAUGCAGUGGCGUAGAAACCAGAAUGCCCAAAAUCGGACCUAAACUCGUUGAUACUACAUACGUGUAAGAGUUGAAAGUAGGAAUCCCGAAACAGUUGAUGAAAUUCCACUGGCGUAAUUUAGCCGCUAGCAAUCUUGCGGUAGUUUUUAUGUUUAAAAUACUACAAUACAUUAAGUGUAGAAAACCUAAAGAGAACGAAGACGAUAAUGAACAAACUGUAAAAAAAUAUUUGUUUCUGUUUGUUUUAACUUGUUUCUUUGUAUCCACGGUCUUCCGUGGCCCUUAUCGGGUGGCUUCGUCGCACCCUACCCAUUCCUAAUGCCUGACAUCAGGUAUAGCUAAUGCCAAAAGAGGAUUCUCGUUAGCAAACAAUUACUAUCUUAUUAUACCAAAUUGACGCUUGUGUUAAGUGAUGUUUAAAACAGGAACAGCAGUGUUACUUGAUAAUACACGUGCUGUGAGUGUUUUUGAACAGCUUUUGAACGUACCUGUCUUGCCUGCUCGGGUAGCCAGUCAGGACAUAGGAUGCGCUUCACCUUGCCUGCCCGCGAAGAAAGCCUUAGAAUAACGGAAAUUAAAGCAAAAGAGAUGGUAAAAGUCUUAAAUGAGGGAAAAUCACGUGAUUAACACAAAGAAACAGCUUGUUAGACGAAAGGAACAUUUUUUACCUUGAUUGUAGAAGCGUUAAACCAUUACUAAGCCAUGAGGUAAACUAUACACAAAGAAAUGCCUUCUUUCGUAACGAGAUCAAAGAUUUCUAGGGAUCAAGACUCAGAGACGCAAUUUCCCCACCUCAAGCAUUUUGCUGUUUCCAUGAUACUGAUAACAGGAGUUUAGGUCGCGGAAAUUAUUAAUUAUUUAACGCGUUCACUUGGGUGGAUUACAUGCCAAACAGGAAAAAAAAUUAAAAAUAAAACGAAUGAGAAUGUGAGGGCAAACACGAUUUUGGCCAAGAGGUGCUAUGCAAGUAGCAGAAUUUUUAGCAAGGGCUUACAUUUAUCUAGUGACACUUAAAAAGAACAAGAGGUGUUUCAAAAUGAAAAUAGAAGAACAUUUCAUUAUACAGAUCAUUGCUCCUAUCGACAAUGGCAUCUAAACAGUUUGAUAAGAGAAAAACACAAACAGCCCAAACGUUCAUGUAGGGUUAAACGUUCUUCAGGCUUGUCAUGCAAUCCUCCCUCAGGAUUGCGUGACGAGUGAAAUAUCUUCGUAGCUAGGAGGCUAUAGUAUAGAAAUUUGGAGUCACGUUUACGGCAAACGUCAACUACAGGUUGACAAUCCUCAAAUUAGGAAAUGAGCAAACAAAAAAUGUCCAAAAUAAUUCUUAUGGAUGAAAAAGCCGUGAAACCAAAGCUUGGUCACUUGAUACAAAUUGACGUUUGACAUUGCCGAAAACGUGAUUCUAAGGCUAUGUUCAAACUAUAGCGGAUGGUUUUUCGUGUCCGCACGAAAAGGUAUCCGGUACAGUAUUAACACCUGUCCGAUAUGCGUGCUUCGCUCCGUUACAGAAAUCGCGCCGAAAUCACCGUUGUUAUGUGAGAACAGAAGCCCAAUCCGGCUUGGUUUCGUGCCGGCACAAAAGUUAGCCGGUAUAGUGUGAAUAUAGCCUAAAUCACCAGAAUUCAGCUUUUUAACUCGCAGUUUGUUUUCUUCUACGUAAUCGUCUCCAUGUUCACUAAUAUUCUGUCCGGUUUUCCAGUCGAGUGCACCUUGCGUUAGUUUAAGCAUGUUUAGCGGGCUUCCGUCCUGGGCCGAGUUGUUCGAAGGCCGAUUAGCGCUUAACCCGGGGUUAAAUUUAACCCGGGUUUCUUUUUCUUGUAGUCAAAAGCAUUUUCUGAGAUAAUUCUCUCUGUUGAUUUUAGAGCUUUCAAUCAUCAACUUGUAGACAAAAAGAAUUAAAACUGAAAUGCUUUUUAAGCUUUCAAAUCUGAAUUCAAAUCUCGCACUAACCCUGGCUUAUCUUAACCCAGCUUUGAACAACCUGAACGUUUCGUAGAAUUCGUUGCGGGAUAGCCUGAAGUUCAGACAUAACUUCGACUCGGAAACUUCCUCAGAGACGUCUGAAUCAGCGAGCCGCUAAUGUCGUCCAGUGAUCGAUGUCACUACUCCUUUACUUUAGUCCAUGCAAAAAGUAAAACACGAUUUGCAACUGGCAAACAAAAAAAUAUCGUCCGAAAAUGUCUACAUGCACUGUAAUUUUCAGGGAGUUAUAAUAACUCCUCUAGUGGGGCUAAUUUAACUCCUUACAGUGGAGUUAUUUUUCGUGGAGUUACUUUAACUCCAAAAAGGAGUUUAAAGAACUCUUUUUCAGGAGUAAAAGUGUCCCCAGAUAUUGAGGAGUUAAAAUAACCCCCAAAAAGGAGUUAUCCUGUACCUAAAAUUUUUACUCCACUUUCAGAGUUAAAUUAACUCCAAAAAGAGUAAAAACAACCCAUGUAAGGAGUACAAGUAACCCCAUUUCGGAGUAAUUUUAACUCCAGACUGGGAGUAAAAAGAACUCUUUUUCAGGAGUAAAAAUGACCCCAAAUUCGGAGAGAGUUAAAAUAACCUCAAAAAAGGGGUUAUCCUGUACCUAAAAUUUUUACCCCAUUUUUGGAGUUAUAAUAACUCCCUAAAAAUUACGGUGUGUUACAGAAUUGCUUUACUAUUAAAUAGUUAUUCAUGUUUCACGUUCAAACUGAACGAAUCUGUUGCAAGUAUAGCCCCAUAAUUAAAUAAUUAAACUCGAUCUGGGUCACGCAAUGAAAUAAAUACACGUACCCGGGACCCUUCAAAGCCACAGCAAUUUGUUUUAAUUGAAAAAAAGCUAUUUGGUCCUUAACGAAGAAAAAAGAAGCAAGAAAACAAGAAGAAAAAGCUAACAGAAUCAUUAUACUUGACGGUGGAAAUCAGGGCAGGAAGUUCGAAUUACAAAAAUGGAUCACCGAUGCUUCGCAUAAACGAAAUCACAACCGAAACCACAAAGCGGCUCUAAAUGAAAACCUACCGACUCUUUGCAUUGAUUCGUCAUUCGUACUUCAAUUUAACAAGUCACUGUUUCGAAGACAAGGGCAAUUUUUGUUCUUUACGGUAAAGAUUGUCGAAAUUUUUUAACUCCAAGCAAGCAAACGACCUGCUGAAUAUCAAAUGACAGUCCCGUUAAAAUUUUUCAUAUUUAUACAUAAUUUUGCGAAUUGUGUAGAGGUGGUGUAAAUGGCAAAUUUCAGCCUAACAUGUUCUUACAAAGUAGGUUCUUAGUUGCGGGUUUUUACUGUAAUAAGGUAUGCGAGAAAUCUCUUCGUGACGUACAUCCUAUUAUGAACUUAGUAAAUAUAUCUUAUAGACAAUAAAUGGGCAAGGAACCUCUUUUGCAGAGCCUCCCUUUGUCUGAUAACUUAAGAAGACAGUAAAAUUUCAUUUCUUUUAUAUCCACGUUACAUAGGUUGGCCCAAUCAGGACCUUGUUCGAGAAAUUUGUGAAGACGGUUGUUACCUGGUUACAAAGCAACCAAAAGGAUUAAAUAUUCCUGAGUCAGAAAAGGGGCUUUUCUGGCGUUUGUCCUUUUCAGCCGCUGAAAAGAAGUUGUUUAUUCAUGGGGGUCAUGGCGAAGCAAGUUCUUGCCGCAAACAAGUUUUGCGAAUAAUGAAGACGCUGAAGGAAGAUAUGAAUUGGGAUCAAUUAACAUCAUAUCAUCUAAAAACCAUCAUGUUGUAUGAGUGUGAGGCCCACCCCAAUCCAAACCAAUGGAGCUCUGACCAGCUGAGUAGGAGACUGAUUGACUUUCUGAGAAGGCUGGAAGGCUACUUGGAGGACGAAAACUGCCCCCAUUACUUCAUAAAAGACAUCAAUCUAUUUGAGUUUGUUUCACGACCAAAGUGUUGUGAGUUAGCUUCCAAAGUGCGUCAAUUUAUCGAGGGGCUUUUUGAAGAGAGGUACCUAACAUAG